AUGGUAGAUGAGGCACUAAAGAAGCAAAAAAAACUAGAUAGUACGAGUGUCGGUACGAUGGUUGAAAGGGCUGAAGAAUUUGACUUAAACGCAUUGGAACGGGGUGAGAACAUAGACGUCAAUCAUCGGGAAGAUGGAUCCUACUAUUCCAGAUUCGAGAAUGCUUGCAAAUCCCCUGGAGCGGGAAAAGAAAUUAAAUCACUCAUCAGCCGAGGGGCCAAAGUGAACGAGAUGAAUCCAGAAACUGAAGAGUUUCCCAUCCAUCUCGUGGCUCAGAGCGGGGAUCCAUCUAACGUCGCGGCAUUGCUAGAGCAUGGCUCAACGAAAAUCUACAUCGAUCAAGACCAUCAGCACGAUACGGCACUGUUCAUAGUAUUUCGCAGAAUCAACAAGACCAAUUUCGAAUCGCAUUUUGAAUGCAUCAAACAUUUGCUGGCACAUGGUGCCGAUAUUAACAUGACUAACAAAGAUAACAUACCGCCUAUCGCGUGUAGAAGUUUAUCAAGCUUAGAACCGGCUCAACGAAAUCAACUGAUUGCUCAUUGCCGCGACAAGGUAACGUUCUACGCCCGAGGGGACUAUGGUCGGGAAAGGAUGGUGAAAACAUUUGGCGAGAGUCAGUUACCCCCGGGCGGCUGCCCCGAUUAUGGCGCGGAGCCCGUGACCGUUGGUCAGCUGCGUAGCUGGCUGUUCGGUGGAGAGGAGGAUAAAUUUCUGGGCAACUAUCGACAAGCGACUGCUAUCUAUGGCAAUUUUAAAUGUCAGAUAGUGAGAGAAUUUCUUUUGAUCUGCGCUAAGAAAGGAUAUGAGAAGACGAUCACAGAGCUGAUGAAGGAGAAUGUUCACGACGUUGCACAGUAUCGCAGUAAGCUGGUGGAGAAGUGUUCCAUCUAUGGAAACGAUCGCAUCAUAUCACUGCUUACGGUGGACACAGAACCCACUCCUCAAAGUGGAGACUUGCUGCAUUCGAUCAUUCCUCUUAUUACUGAAGACAGUGAUGAAUGUGCUCACUAUCGUUGCGUAAAGGCUAUUCUGAAGAAUCGACUGAUGGAACUCGAUCGCGCGGACGUCAUCGGCAACACUGCUCUACACUACGCUGUAAGGUACAAUCUCAGCAACGUCCAGAAAAUGUUGUUGAAGAGUGGCGCCUACGUCGGUGUAGUGAACAAGUUCGAUGAGCUUCCGAUUGCCGAGAUGGAUCCAACAACGCUGGAAGAUCACCUGGAUAGCUGUGUGACGUGUGAACAGGUCAUCAUCGGCGACAGGCAGUACGAGAUAAACGUUGAUGUGAAGAAUUUUGUUCCACCAAUCCACAAAGUAACCGGUACCAGCAAUGUGCACGCUUCGGAGAAUGAUGAAAUGCGUUGUUGCAUGGUCAACGCUUUCUUGUUCGUACUGUUCGUUUGUAUUUUCUUUCACGAUGUCCUCAUUCUGGUUGGCAACAGGAAGAUGGUAAAAUUCCGCAAAUCGUUGCAAACAGUGUGCCAUGUCUGUUUCAACUUCAUCCUUCUUUGCGCUCCGGUGGCAUUUCCCAGCUGCCUACGUUAUCGAUGGAUACCGGCGUUUAUCAUUCUCUGGCGAGCGACCCAAUGGACUGCGCUGUUGGGAACACUCUCGAUACUUUCGUGGUCCAUAUCGUUGGUCAUGUUUAAGACGGUCGCGAAGAACAUCCUAAAGUUUUUGGCCCUUUACUUCGUGCUGAUCGUUGCUUUUGCAUUGGGUUUUAACAUAUUGUGUUCCCCGAUGGGUUCAAACGUAUCCGUUGCAGAACCUUUAGCACGUAAUGUUUCGUUGAAUUUGACGGAGAAUAGAAACUUCUCGGUGGAUACGAUUGAGUUAGCAGACACGGACGAAGAUUCGAACAAUCUGCUGACCAUUUCAUCUGCUCUGCUGAGCGUUUCAUUGAUGAUUAUGGGUAAUGUGGAGACGGAUGAUAUUCAACCGAACCAACACGUCGGGCGAUACAUUUUCUUCACCGUAUUUCUGUUUGCUAUGCCACUAGUUUUGUUCAUAUUAAUGAAUGCCUUGGCGGUGACCGACACAACGUCCAUCUUAGAGGAGGCUGAAUUGAUUUCCAUCGCCAAAACUGCGUCCGUAAUUCACAAAUACGAACAUUUGGGCAGCUUCUGCAUCGGAGGAAGCUCACCAAUGCUGAAAAUAUUUUCCAACAAUGCCGAGACUCAUUUUUGCCACAUUAAAAUCAAUCGGUACCAAAAGAUGUCAAACCAGCAGACGUGGGCCAGCCUCUCGGAGUUAAUAUUUUGCCAGGAUCUAGUCAGCAAGCGGGACACAAAAGUGAUGCAAAUCUUAUCCAAUUCUAGAAAUCCUACAAAAGGGAAAGCCGAUGAGUAG